GCGUCUCCAGCAGCGUGUUAGCUGCUAGCCGAUGCUACAUCGUUUGAGAUAUGAUGAGCGGUAGGACGAGCGCGAUAGUAGCAGGGGUGUGUGGGACCCUUUUCGUGGCAUACUGCAUUUAUUUUGACAGAAAGCGACGGAGUGACCCUCGCUUCAAGGAAAAGCUGCGUGAACGGAGAAGACAGCAAAAGGUUUCAGGUGUGACGUCUGGUCUGUCGAAGCUGCCUGACCUGAAGGACGCAGAAGCUGUUCAGAAAUUCUUUUUGGAAGAAAUCCAGCUGGGAGAGGAGCUGCUUGCACAAGGUGAAUUUGAGAAAGGUGUGGACCACCUGACCAAUGCAAUCGCGGUAUGUGGUCAACCUCAGCAGCUGCUUCAGGUGCUCCAGCAAACGCUGCCCCCUCCAGUCUUCCAAAUGCUGCUCACCAAACUACCCAGCAUCAGCCAGCGAAUCGUCAGCUCUCAGUCUUUGUCAGAAGAUGAUGUAGAAUGAAUGCGUGUGAAUGAGCGUGAGAUGAAAUCUAUUCCAUAAAGGGAUUUCAGAUUUUGGGGGGGAUAUGUCUGACUGCAGUUGCUUGUGAGUUGUGAGUCUGAUUAUGACAGACCUUGAUCAUUGGAUAUCGGGUGAAUAAUCUCCCACCAUCGUGGCACUCCGAGGUUAAAGAACUUCCUCAAGAUUGCGCUUCUGGGAAACGUUGAAUUCAUUCCUUCUUUCUCACCUUGCUCCUACCAGAUUUCAUGUUUUCUAGCCAUCUGUUUGUUGUAUUUAUUUCCCUUAAAGAUAAUUAUGUUUGGGGGAGGAGGUUGCCAAUAUGUAAUGUAUUAAAUUAAAAAUAAGUGAUGAUUUGUUACUUGUUGGUGCACAGUUAAUAUACAUGUGAAACGUGUGAAAGAAAAUCUGAAACUAAACGGAAGACUUAUUUGUGAUUUAUUAACUUCUCUGAAGAUGUUCUUGCAGUGUCAGUUAAAUGUUAUUUUUAUAUUCCAAUCUUUCACAUCUGGACAUAUUUUUCU